UUGUAGAUCAGUUGUAUUACUGCGCUCUGUGUAGACCUCGCGACUUCGAGAUUUGUACUUCCCUAACUGCUAUGACUUGUUGAAGUUGCAUAUGGCAGGAGUUUGUUGCAAAAGCACGGCGCCCUUCUCCAUGUUUAAGCGCAGUUUGUCGGUGAGAGGUUCGGCCUCGUCUCCGCGAACCGCGCACAUACCGACCGCGAGGAGAAGAGGCGCUCAUGAGGGCUGUGUUGUGCUCCACCGUCCGCUUCAUUUUAAUAACGCUGUCUGCGUUCACCGACACUCAGCGCAUUUGUUCUUCUCUUCUGGACAGGAAUCCAUGAGCGAGAGUCUGAGGACCUGCUACGUUUAUCUGAACCAAACCAGUAGAAGUUUUGCAGCAGUGAUUCAGGCCCUCGACGGAGAACUGCGACAUGCAGUGUGUAUAUUCUAUCUGGUUCUCCGAGCUCUGGACACUGUGGAAGAUGAUAUGACGAUUCCUCUGGAGAGGAAGGUUCCACUACUGCAUGACUUUCACACUUUCCUCUACCAACCAGACUGGUGCUUCACUGAGAGCAAAGAGAAAGACAGACAAGUUCUAGAAGAUUUUCCCUCGAUUUCAGUCGAGUUCAGAAACCUGGGCCCGGAAUAUCAAGAUGUUAUUACGGACAUUUGCCAUCGAAUGGGGGUCGGCAUGGCGGAAUUCCUUGAAAAGAAAGUUGGCUCAAUGCAGGAGUGGGAUAAGUACUGUCACUACGUGGCUGGUCUGGUAGGCGUGGGUCUGUCUCGCCUCUUCUCUGCAUCACAGCUGGAGGAUCCCGAGGUGGGACGUGACGCUGAGCUAGCCAACUCCAUGGGUCUCUUCCUACAGAAGACGAACAUCAUCAGAGACUACUUGGAAGACCAGCGGGAGGGACGCGUCUUUUGGCCAGAGGAGGCAUAUAGUAAGUUUACCUCUCGUCUGGAAGACUUUUGCCAGCCACAACACCUGAGCUCCGCCCUGGCCUGCCUCAAUCUGCUGGUGACCGAUGCCCUACGCCAUGUUCCUGAUGUCAUUGCCUACCUGUCCCGCCUUCGCAACCAGAGUGUCUUCAACUUCUGUGCCAUCCCACAGGUGAUGGCCAUAGCGACACUUUCAGCCUGCUACAACAACCCACAAGUGUUCCAGGGGGUGGUGAAAAUCAGGAAGGGACAGGCUGUGACGUUAAUGAUGGAAGCCACCAACAUGCAAGCUGUGAAGAGCAUCAUUGCACAAUACAGCCAGGAGAUCCUCCAGAAAGUCUCGCCGUCUGAUCCAUCCAGGGCUGAAACGCUGCAAAUCCUGGACGUGAUCCAGGAAAAGACUCUUUCCGAGGCAACACUGCCCUCGCGCGCCCAUCCCUUCUCACCGGUGUAUUUUUCUGCAGCCAUGCUUUUAGCUGCUCUCAGCUGGCAGUAUCUUAAUGCCACACAGUCUCCAGGCACCGCUGACAUGCAGGGGAGCUGAAUCGGUCCUUCUUAGCAACAAACCUUCAUCCGAAUCGAGCGAACGGGCACAUCAGAUGUUCGUCUUGAGCCGCAUAGUGACGUUUGCAUACGUGUGUUAUCUUUACCCACAGACGUUAUCCAGUCCAGUGUAACUUGGCACCGUUUACAUUUGUAUUUCCGGCAACAUCAGCGUGGGUGCCGGACAGCACCAGGAUCCAGGGUACCUUAGCUCUGUCACCUUUUUGUAUGUUCUUUCUGUGUCAGUGUUGGUUACCCUGCAGUUACUUUCAGAUGUGCAAAGUAAGCCUGGAUGGAUGGGUACCUUGUCCAGGGUGUGUUUUUGCCGUCGCCCUGAUCAUAAUCAGGCUCAGGGUCAAUAAAAAUAAAUAAAUAAAUAAAUAAAUAUUUAGCAUUCUCUUCGGUCAUACAUGUUCUAUUCUAAAUGAUGCAGAAAUGUCACUUUAAUUUUAGCAUUAGCUGGUUAGCUUUGUUUGACAAUUUCUCUCUGGUAGUGAUAUUGGCCAAUGUUUCCUUAUGGCUGAUUAGAUAGUUUUGUUUAGGGAAACAUGUACAGCUAGCUAAUGUUUUUUAUUGACUGCUUUAAUUGAACUCCUUUUCAACUCUGAGUCAGUUGUUGUGUGGGAUUGUUGUGACAGGAUUAGCUAUGGGUAAGACUCAGGACCACCACAGGGCAGGUAUUAUUUAGGUGGUGAAUCAUUCUCAGUCCAGCAGUGACCGUGAGGUGUUUAAAAACACCAUCAGCAUUGCUGUGUCUUAUCCACUUAUACCAGCACAACACACACUAUCACACCACCACCAUGUCAGUGUCACUGCAGAGCUGAGAAUGAUCCACCACUGAAAUAAUACAUAUAUAUAUAUAUAUAUAUCUAUGAAAGAUGGAGGCUCUAGCUGCCUUGAAGAAAUUGUAAAUGGAAAAUGUUAUAUAUUUAUCAUAGUAAAUAAUGUAUAUUUUAUAAUACAUAGUAUAUGAUUUAUAUUUUAUAUAAUAUACUUCAAGCAGCGCUAAAACUAAAUGCAGCUAUACCCACUGUUUUUGACCUCUCUGAAAAUUGGAAGAGUUUACCACACAGCACAGGCAAAACCAAAUCUUAAAUUUGACAGUGUUAGAAAUAGACUUACCAUUUUAUAAGUGUUUUGAUGAGGUAUUAUGGUGAUAUGUAUAGAACUGAAUGAAAAUAUACAAUAAGACGUUUAAAAAAAGCAGGACAGUAAGAAUAUCACGCACUCACUUUCUUAACCACUUAUCCAACUGGGGUGUGUGUGUGUGUGUGUGUGUGGACUCCGCACAGAAAGGACCCGGACCGCCCCGCAUGGGGAUCAAAUCCAGGACCUUUUUGCCGUGAGGUGACAGUGUUACCCACCAAGCCACCGUGCCGCCCAGUAAGAAUAUCAAUGCACUUUAAAAGUACAAUGAAUGACAAAGAAGAGAUCCUCAGCCAAUUCGAACCUAACCUCUCACUCGAAGCGCAGAAAAUCAAACUAAAGCUCUGUUAUUUUGGACACAUUAUGAGAAGAACCACACCUGGAGGUGUUGAAAAUACUUUAAAAGAGGAAGAGGACGACAGGCACAAAGAUAAUUGGAAACAAUAACCACUAAAAUUAUCUAUUGCGAAGCCUAAAAACUUAAACAGAAGUCAGGAUGAUAUGGAGAAACACUAUCCAUAUGGUCACCAGGAGUUGGAAUUAAUGGCACUUAAUUAAUAAUAAUAGCUGAGCCUUUGAUGAAUCUUCCUUUUUAUACCCAAUUAUUAUACCCUCAGUAUUCAAUCACCAGUUCACCUGUUUAUUGUAGAAUUUUUUAACACAGUGUAAUGGAAAAGUUCCUAAAAACAGUUGACUUUUAUUUUGCCCAACCCAAUGUUUAUAAAUAAAAAGUGUAAGUUUGUUUAUAUAAAAAAAUAAAUAAAACCAGUCACACUGAAACUGUCUUUGUUGUCGCCAGUGCUGUUGUAUAAGUUCUAUAAGUUUGUACAUAAUCAAAUGCAAAAUGAUAGAUUUGUAAGUUUUUAUUCAGAAAGGAAUUAAAGUGUAAAAUCUUUAAAAAAAGAAAUAAAAUGUCAUAAAUCA